GCAGCUAAGAUACCCAUUGGAUUAUAAAUCUUGAGCCAAUGGGAAAUAAAUAAUAAAUCCAGACAUUGUUUUUACUCUUGUUCCACCAAUCCUUCUGUUCUUCCUUCUUUGUCAAUCUCAUCGAUCAGCACCCACCAGCCUUCUCUGCCCUUUACACCAUUCCACGUUCUCUUCUCUCCCUCCCCCGUACAUUCUCUAGCUGGUCAUCCCUCGCCACCGAUCCAGGUUUCAUUGAGCUGGUUAUUAUCAUCGGUAGCCACACUACACUGCUGGUGGUUGAGAUCUGUAAAGAUGCAGUCACAUUCUGGAGAUGCUUCCCUUAUGGUGAAAAAAGAAACAAAUGACUACACCAGUUCAAGUUUUGCUGGUCAUCAAGAUAGAACUCUUCAAGGGCCUAUAGAAGUUUCUUCAUCUGAGGAAGAUGACUCUCAUGACACAGAGGAUACGGAUGACCAGUCUGUUGAAAAUGCUUCAAAGCAAUUGGUACUUUAUGAUCCUGUGGCUAAUGGUACUGCUGUAACUGAACCUGCCCCUCAACCAAUUCAGUGCCAGCCUGCAGCGUUUGGAAGAAAUUUGGGUUCUAAUAUGCCUUCUAGAGUUUUGCCAUCUGUAGGGGCUUUCACUGUCCAGUGUGCCGACUGCUUUAAAUGGAGGCUCAUCCCAACAAAGGAGAAGUAUGAAGAAAUACGUGAACAUAUUCUAGAGCAGCCUUUCUAUUGCAAAACGGCUUGUGAGUGGCGGCCUGAUAUAUCAUGUGAUGAUCCAACUGACAUUUCUCAAGAUGGCAGUAGGCUCUGGGCAAUUGAUAAACCUAACAUUGCCCAGCCACCUCGUGGGUGGCAACGGCUGUUACGAAUUAGAGGUGAAGGGAGUACCAAAUUUGCAGACGUGUACUAUGAGUCACCAUCAGGCAAGAGGCUCCGCUCAAUGGUAGAGAUCCAAAAGUACUUAAUGGAUCAUCCUGAAUAUGUGCAAGACGGGGUAACUCUGUCACAAUUUUCAUUUCAAAUCCCAAAGCCUUUGCAGGAGAACUAUGUGAGAAAGCGUCCUGCCCGUGUAUCAGCUACAUGUGAUGACACUAGACCUCUUGAGCCUAAUGAAGUGAAUCCCCUUGCAUUGGCCAAUCCAGCUGAUUGUACAGAUAUGCAGUUUGGUAGGCCGGCGCUCCCACCUCCAUCAUCCUAUCAGGCCCCUAUUUCUGAUCCGUUUGAUCGACCAGUAAAGAAGCAAGCAAGGAGAAUACCUUUUUAACAUAUGUACAGCAGGUUCGAAAUACAAUCGGUGCAGAUAUGGUUGUGACUUGUGAGCUUACCCAUAGUCUUUUUGGUGACUGCAUUUGUAUUUUGCUCAAAUGUUUUGUCUUAAAAUACUACUAUAUUUUUUGAGCAUAGGCUUCUGUGGAGCCUUUGCAUGUUAGGGUGACGUUUUUUGAGCAAAGGCUUCUGAGAGGCCUCUGCAUAGAAGAAAGAGGAACAUGGUGGAAGGUAAUGCAUAUUUGUUUGUCUGGAAUGUGAAAAAAAAGAAAAA